GGUGGACAGGGCAGACCGUGGCACCCAAGUGUCCAAACGCUUGCGAUGGAAGGUGGACAGUGGACUGUCUGCCAAGAUAAGUUUUAGUUAGGUCACAGAUUGACAAGAUGAAGUUCGGGAAGAGCAUCUGCGUACUCAACGUAGGGGGAACCCGGUACGCCUUCACCCGUGAGGUGAUUCGGGAUUUCCCUCUCCGGCGCGUCAGCCGGCUCCAUGCAUGCGCAACGGAAAAAGAGGUCCUUGAACUGUGCGAUGACUACGACCGGGAGCGGAAUGAGUUUUUCUUCGACCGCCACGCACAGGCUUUCGUGUUCAUCAUGCUCUACGUGCGCUCCGGUAAACUCCGUUUUGUGCCCGGGGUGUGCGAGCUGUCCUUCUACACCGAGAUGCUCUACUGGGGACUGGAGAGCGUGCACCUGGACUCCUGCUGCCAGAAGCGCCUGGACGACAGGAUGUCGGAGAUUGGACUGGACACUCUGUCCGAGUUGGACGUCGGAGUAUCGGGGGACGAGUCCCAGAGCUCCGGCUCGCCGGUGCGGCGGCUCACCGGUCGCGCAAAAUGGCUCGAGACGAUGCGCAAGACAUUCGAGGAGCCCAACUCCUCCGUUUUUGCCCAGCUUUUGGCUUCGGUGUCUGUGAUAUUCGUGCUCGUUUCUAUGAUAAUGAUGUGUGCGAGCACCCUGCCGGACUGGGAUACAGCCAAGAGAAAUACUGUGGAGGAGCACAGGACCGUGGAAGCCGUGUGUAUCGGCUGGUUCACCGCGGAAUGCAUAGUGCGCUUUCUGGUGGCCAAAAGCAAGUGGGACUUCAUCCGGCGGCCGCUGAACGUCAUCGAUGUGAUUUCCAUCACCCCUUACUAUGUCACCAUGGCGCUGGCCCAGGCCGGGGUGCCAGGUGCCGGGCUCGGGGUCGCCGGGGUGGUGCUGCGGGUGCUGAGGAUGAUGCGCGUCUUCUGGCUCAUGAAGCUGGCCAGGCACUUCCUGGGGCUGCAGACACUCGGGCUCACACUCACACGCUGCUACCGGGAGAUGGUCAUGCUGAUGGUGUUUGUCUUCGUCGCCAUGGCAAUAUACAGCGCUCUCGCCCAGCUGCUGGAGUACGGGCUGGACUUGGGAACGCAGAACCCGGACUACGCCAGCAUCCCCGCAGCGGCCUGGUGGGUUAUCAUCUCCAUGACGACGGUAGGGUACGGGGACGUGUACCCUGUGACAGUCGGGGGACGGGUGCUCGGGGGAAUGUGUGUCGUGAGCGGCAUUGUUCUCCUGGCACUGCCCAUCACAUUCAUCUACCACAGUUUUGUACAGUGCUACCACGAACUCAAACUCCGCUCUGCCAGAUACACGCGCAGCUUGUCGGUGGAGAUGCUGCAGAGAGCAUGAAUCUGUACCAGAACACAUCGGCCCUCACUAGAUAAAAAAAAAAAACCUCACCAAAGCAGUGGAGCUUCUGAUCUCGUUGACAAAUAACAAUCUACUUUACGUACUGCGCUGUUUCCUGCGCGAGCUGCACCUAAUUGUAAUUGGCCUGCCUCAUUCCGGCCUGUUGUGUUGAUGAUCUCGAAUUAUUGCCCACAGCCAGCAUAACCUGCAUCCAUUUUCACCACUUAGUAAUAAUGGAAUGAGUUAUUAAACACCCAUAGGUACAGUCAAUUCAGUUUCUACACCGGCUGCUGUUUACACUGUAUUCCCAUGACUACAACGUCAUUGGCAGAGACGGCUGCUUUUUUUGUCUGCCGCAUUCACCGCUGUGUGUGUGUGUGUGUGUGUCUGUGUGUCUGUGUGUUUGUUUGUCUCGCCAUCACUUUGUCUAAGCUUUGCGCCCAGAUUGUACCAGUUACACAAGAUUGAUGUGUGACCUAGAUGCAUUCUGUUAAACCUGUGAAAUAUGGACUGAUAGUGAACAAGUGACUGGGGAAUGGGGAUGCGGAGGGGUUGCACAGAGGGCUUUGUGUAUCAGAAGAGCAUAUGAAGUCAGAUAAUGAAAUAUAGAGACAAGGUCAGAAGCAAGGACUACAACGUGGCAGAAAACUAAAGGUGUGACAGAUAUGACAGCGCAGAUGGAGCGUGAGAUGGUUGAUAAAAGAUCCCCGGGACAAAAAUGACAAAGAGAGGGAAUGUGGAGCAAGAGCGAGCACAAAGAAUGAAUAGACGGAGAGUGUGCCACGUCUCCAUUUGCGAGCGAAUGCAAGACAUUUUGUAUUUCUGUGUCUCCAAGGCAACCUCCAUCCUCAAACAUGCCAAUCAUAAUAGUGGUCGAUUAUGCUCACAAAUAGAGCAAACAUCCACGCACAAAACUCCUGGCUGGCGUUUUUUGUUUUUUGUAGCUAUUGGGAAACACACAUCAUAGGAUUUGUUGAAAUACAAAAUAUAAUAAAAGAAUAGUGGAAAAAAAAUGAUGCCCGAAAACAAGUUGACAGACAUUCAUGAUUCAGACAUGUUUCCACUACUUGUGGUUAAGCCAAGAUUAUGUGAUUGGUUGAGAAGACACAUGAUCCAAACAAACAAGUCAACACCUCUCCCACACAACAGUCUUUCUCUGCAUUUAUUCUCCUCCUGUUGCCAUCAACCAUCGUGUGUUAAAACACACACACGCACACCCACAAGCUCUCGUGCUUUUCUGUGUCGAACAUUAAACCAGUCGGUUAGUAGACUGUAGCUAUUUGAAUUUAAAGUCCAAUUCGGUUAUUUUCUCACAAACUCUGCAGCCUUGUACAAGUUCAGUAUUCAUUGUACACAGAAGAUGGUUUGUUAUUGUUCUUGUUGUGUUAUCAAUGUGCUUUUUUUUAAGAACUCUAUUUUCUCUACCCUAUUUUACUACCUUGCCUACAGCACAGUUUAUAGCGUAUAGCCUUGUGAGUUUUGCCAUGGCCUGAUUGAAACCAUCAAUCAAAAACUUUUUCAUCAAUGGACUAUGAACUUGUGAUAAGUGUGAUUAUUGUAGGAUCCUUUGUAAUAAAAUGUCUUAGAGAAAAAUGUCUAUGAUGUGUAAUUGCUCAUAACUGUAUAAAAAGUAAUGGUUAUAUAAAAGUGUCAUUCGACUCCA